AUGACCGGCAAACAACCCACCGCCGCCCCCUCCAGCGACACCGCCUUCCGCAAAACCUGGGAUCGCGAAGAAUACGCCAAAAAAGCCGCCGACGACGAAACCCGCCGCAAAGAAGAAGGCAAAGCGCGCUACGAAGCCAAACUCCUCGGCAAAAAAUGGCAUGCUCCAGUCGACUAUUCCACCCUCGAAGCCACAACCUCGCGCAAGAACCGUCUCGAUGUCGCGUCGAUGGUUGGCAAGACCACGAUUGUGCCCAGUGGUUCUGCGGUGGGCAAACGGGGUCGCGGGGCGGGGUUUUACUGCUCGGACUGUGAUCUCACAUUCAAGGAUAAUUUGCAGCUCGUGGAGCAUUUGAAUAGUAAGCAGCAUUUGAUUGCGACGGGACAGAGUGGGGAGGUUGUGCAGGCGGGUGUGGAGGAUGUGAGGUUGAGGUUGAGGAUGUUGGCACAUCAGAGGAGGGUUAAGGCUGAGGAGGACAGGCGUGUGUGGCAGUUGGAUCUGGGUGAAAGGUUGAAGGAGAGGGAAGAACAGGAUGCUAAAGAGCGAGAGGAGAAGAGGCGCAAGCGAAACGAGAAGCGUCGGAAGGGUGGUGAGAAUGGUAUCAAGCAAGAAGAGAGCUGGGAAGGGCGACUGGGAAUCAUCGCAUAA